AUGAAAGUAACCGAUCACGUGCAAUCAUACUGGUCUGCUGGUCUUCUGGCCAGAAUUCCUACAUUUCCCUUUAACACGACCGAUGGAGUCAAGCAUUUGAUUGCAGAUUAUUACCCUAAAGGCUCUCUUGAUACCGAUACUGACUCAGACGUUGAUGAAGAAUAUGAGUUUGACGAAUAUCAAGACAAUCCAAUAGUUGACAGUGAUUUUGAUGAUGAAGACGAAUCAAUUGAAAUUUUUCGAACUUUGCAUCGGCAAAUGUCGUAUUCAUUGGAUAAUCCGACAUCAGAUGUUGAAGCCGAUGUUAGCUCCUUUACGCAGAGCACAAUUUGGAAUAGCUAUGUCUCGGUUACGCAUCCUUUUGCAAAUAUACAGGCUAUGAUUCUACAUGCCCUUGUGGAUGGUGACAAUGACAUAAUAUCUCGCAGAAAACUGAAGACGAUUUUGUUUUUCAUAUCGCUUCUUAUGAAAGUCAAAGAAAAAGCUGAUAAUGAAGGUGUUACUUUCCAGCAGCAUGUUAUUGACAGAUUAGAGCAAGGGGAAAAAUGGAGGUCGCAUGAAUACUUUCAGCAGCCCAUGUGGACAGUCCACAGCAUUGACUAUUGGAAUGGAGACUGGGUGCGACUGUCAAAUACCCUUCCAGAUAUGAAUUACUUGGUGAAAUCCUUCCACAGUUGCAACAGAGAUAUGUAUGUACGGGGAUAUUUGACUUACCAAGCUCACAAUAGCAACCAGAUUGGUAUUGAGUUGAAAGAGAGUGAUGUUUUGGUGCAUUCUUUGAUGUGUAAGAUUGAUUACUUAAACCCUGAUAUAUGCUUCAGCAUUAGUCCCAUCGAGGUGCCCCCACUGACCGAUAGUCAUGCUGCUUUAUUACGUGGUUCACAUCGUUGGAGAAAGCUCGGAGACCAGAGAACAGAAGAAUAUUAUAAAGUUAAAAUUGCCCCAAUAAUUUUAUUUACGGACGACAUCUCUGGUAAUAUUUCUAAACAGUUCAAUGAUUAUGAAAGCUGGUCGAUGAAGUUUGUUGGAUUAAAUUUUGAUCAAAGAUCGUCAAUCAAAAACGUACACUUCAUUUCUGCUAUAUCCAAAAAAAAAUGGGCCUAUUCGGCCGAGGAAGAGCAAGACGUUUUGGUUGUAGCACAUAUUUUAUGGAAUGAAGUUGAUACUCCAUGUCAUUCAGAGCUAUGCGAAUAG